CAGCAUCAGACAGCGAAGAGACUUCCAAGAUACCCUUGCCUGCUCCUGCUCCAGCUCCAGCCACCACUUCUCCACCAACAUGAAGGUGUCUGUGGUUGCUCUCGCCAUCCUCAUCGCUGCCUUCUGCAACCAGACCUCUGCUGCUCCACUUGGCUCUGACCCACCAACCUCCUGCUGCUUCUCCUACAUCUCCCGGCAGCUGCCCCGCAGCUUUGUGAAGGAUUACUAUGAAACCAACAGCCAGUGCUCCCAGCCUGCCGUUGUGUUCAUCACCAGGAAGGGCCGGGAAGUCUGUGCCAACCCCAUGGAGGACUGGGUCCAGCAGUACGUGAAUGAGCUGGAGCUGGACUGAGAUCCUGGACAGAUCCAGCUGCUCCAUGUCCCCAGCUGCUGGGAUGGACGAGCAUGACUAACUGGGGUCCAUUGGAAGUGCUUCAAUGUCAUUUAGACUUAGCUGAGAAACUGAAAAUAUUCCAAAAUCCAACUAAAUAUUGUGCUAUUUAAUUUUUUAUAGGAGAUGGAUCAGGUGCAAUAACUCUGAGAUAAAAAAUAAUUUUAUUUUAUAUAUAUUUUUUUAAUUUUUUUUUUACCAGUAAACUCAGGUUAUGUUUUCUGUAUUUAAGUAACUGUAUUUUUGACACAAAAUUCAAUUCCGAUGUCAAUAAAUAAAUAUUUUUGUAAGAACCUGC